AUGUCAUCUAACGAAAUACUACGCGUACCCGGUGAGGCCAUCGAGAAGUCGGAGGACUCAUCAAGGUCAGAAGAUACUACAGGAGAAAUUCCAAGUUAUCUCGGGGUUUCUGGUCAAAAACUCCAUGUUGCCAUUUCUAUGCUGGCCGGUGUGGGAUUCUUGCUGUUUGGUUAUGACCAGGGUGUUAUGGGUUCGUUGCUUACGUUGGAGAGUUUCCGUGAUACAUUUCCUUCUAUUGACACGAUCCGCAAGCCCUCUCGCUCUACAAUGCAAGGAUUUGUGAUUGCUAUUUACGAGAUUGGGUGUUUCAGUGGAGCCCUUUCCACCAUGGCCGUUGGUGACAAGUUCGGCCGGAGAAAGAUGAUUUUUGCAGGCGCCGUGGUGAUGAUAGUGGGUGGUAUUCUUCAGGCCACUGCCUUUAGCGUUGGUCACCUCAUUGCCGGUAGAAUUGUGUCUGGUAUUGGUAAUGGAUGUAUCACCUCUACAGUGCCCAUGUGGCAGUCCGAGUGUGCGAAGCCACAUCGUCGUGGUGCUCUGGUCAUGAUGCAAGGAGCUUUGAUCACCUGCGGAAUCUGUAUUUCCUAUUGGAUCGACUUCGGUUUCUACUUCGCCAAGGGAUCUGUUUCUUGGAGAUUCCCAAUUGCGUUCCAGAUUGUGUUUGCAAUUGCAAUUUUGCCAUUUAUCAUGAAACUUCCUGAGUCACCAAGAUGGCUGUUGAAAAAGGGCCACCAUGCCGAGGCUUUGAAAGUUUUUGCUUCGCUUGAAGGUGUCACCUCCGAUGACCGCUGGGUCCAAACCGAGUUCCAGGAGGUCAAGGCCUCACUGGAUGAAGAGGCCAAUUCUGGUGCUGAGAAGAUGGAUAUCAAGAGGAUGUUUACUCAAGGUGAGCAUCGUAACUUUCACCGCGUGAUGCUGGCUUUGUGGUCGCAGAUCAUGCAACAGAUCACAGGUAUUAAUCUGAUCACCUACUACGCGGGAACCAUUUUCGAACAGUACAUUGGGCUUCCACCUCUACAGUCGCGUAUUCUUGCUGCUUGUAACGGAACAGAAUAUUUCCUUGCUUCGUGGAUUGCCUUCUUCACUAUUGAGCGCUUUGGCCGCAGACCAUUGAUGCUGUUUGGAGCGGCUGGUCAGGCCAUCACCAUGGCUAUUCUUACGGGAACCACCUGGGCUGCAGAUGUCACUCACAAUAAUGAUUCGCAUGCUGCAGUUGCAGCCGCUGUGUUUUUGUUCAUAUUCAACACUUUCUUUGCUAUUGGCUGGCUGGGAAUGACCUGGUUGUAUCCAGCCGAGAUCGUGCCUUUGAGUAUCCGUGCUCCGGCUAACGGUCUAUCGACUGCUGGUAAUUGGUCUUUCAACUUCAUGGUUGUCAUGAUUACACCAGUUGCUUUUGAGAACAUCAGUUCGUACACCUACACUAUUUUUGCGGUGAUCAACGCUUUGAUGGUACCUGUGGUGUACUUCUUGUAUCCUGAGACUGCAGGUCGUACUCUUGAAGAGAUGGACCGCAUUUUCGCUCUUUCAGACCCUAAAAAACCAUGGCAAGUUGUGAGAAUUGCUAGAGAGAUGCCAUAUGAAAUUCCUAAAGACCAACGUGAUCCUCGUGCGGCAGAUGUUGAAAAGGCUCAGGCAGAGCACAUUGAGUCAACUACUGAAUAA